AAGCUCCAAAUCCGCGGUUUCCCUUUCUCUUCCAACAUUUCCGUCCGCCCACCAUCCGAAGUUCGAACCCAAACGAGACACAAGGCGGAACCGAAAAGUCAAACUAAAGUCAAAGCGGCGGCGGUUAGGCGGCCACCCACCCCCAACGCCGAUGGACGCGCCCCGCGGCGGCGGCGGCGGCCACACGCGGCGGCCGGGGAUCUCCGGCGCGGCGGCGGACCAGCGCCGUGCGGCCGCUGCGCAGGCGAUGGCGCGCAUGGAGGAGAUGAUGCUCGCGCACGCGGGCGCCGCCGGCGAGUUCAGUAUCAUCCUCGACGCCCCUCUGCCUUCGCUCCAGCAGUACCGCCGCAACCCCGCGCCGCCGUCGGCUGCCCCCUCGAUCUCCAAAACCAACACCUCCCCGCUCCGACGCGUCGCGCAGGGCGGCGGAGGACGCGACGACGGAGUCCCCGCGCGCUUGCGCCGCGACGGGAGCGGGCACGACGCCCUCGGCGACCCGGACACCGCCGCGCGCACCUCUCGCCGCGGCGCUGUCGACGGAACGGGCGCCGGUGCGGCACGACCGCGAGCGGGUGGCGCGCGCCGCGAGCGCGAGCAGGAGGAGACGGUAGAGGCGCCGGUGAGGCUGACGGACCCGCGGAGCGUGCGGAGGCCGGUCUCCCGCGGCGCGACGCCACCACCGAGGUCCACCGAGGUGAGACGCGCGGCGGCUCAGGAGGAGGAAGAGCGUGCCGUGCGCCGCGAGCACGAGCAGGAGGACACGGUGGAGGCGCCGGUGCGGCUGACGGACCCGCGGAGCGUGCGGAAGCCGGUCUCGCGCGGCGCAACGCCUCCAUCGAGGUCCACCGAGGUGAGACGCGUGGCGGUUCAGGAGGAGGAAGAGCGUGCUGUGCGUCGCGAGCGCGAGCAGGAGGAGACGGUAGAGGCGCCGGUGCGGCUGACGGACCCGCGGAGCGUGCGGAGGCCUGUAUCCCGCGGCGCAACGCCUCCACCGAGGUCACGCGUAGCGGCUCAGGAGGAGGAAGAGGAGACGCCGCUUCAGCUGCUGGCGCGCGGUGGGCGGAGCUCAAGCACGACGAGGCCUGCAGAAGUGCCGCAAGCAACAGUAGCGCCGCAAGCUUCAGAGGCCGUCGCUGCUGCCAGCCUGCCUGCCACAAGGCCCUCUAGUCGGCGGUCGAGGCGGGACGUCGGCGUGAAGCAAGUUGUGUCUGAGGUAGCGUCGAGCGUGGACUCCGACGUGGAGAGCAUCGGGCGAUGGAGCAGCCGAGGGAGCGACGACGGUGGGGAUGAGGCAGUGUUGUUGCCCAGGCCAUUGGCGGCAGUCGUCGCCAGAGACCGGAGCAGGAGCAAUUCGCCCGCGAUAAGUCGGAAUGGUGUGGACUCAGCUGCAGCGAAUCGCGCACCAUCAACAGGAAGGUCAACCUUUGCACCUCCAGUUGGCGUUAAUGUGAGGCCUCUACAAGCUGUGGAAAUUCCCAAUGGGACACCUAGGGAUAGAAGGGCUGUUUAUCCAGAUCCCACUUUUGCCCAGUCCACACGGUCACGGGACUCACAUGACAGUUCAACACUAACAGAAGAGCUUGAAAUGCUAAAAGAUGAGAAUGUAAAUCUCCUGGAGAAGCUUGGGCUAGCAGAAGAGAAACUUAGACAAUCUGAAGCCCGGACAACGGAGCUUGAGAAACAGGUUGCUAAUCUCGGCGAUGGGUUAUCUAUGGAAGUAAAACUUAUGAAAAGGAGGGAGGAGAUGCUUGUAAGAAAGGAGCAAGAGAUAAGAAAAGCUCUUAUAUCCAAGAAUGGUAAAAGUGAGGAACUCACCGCUCUUCAACAACAGCUACAGUCUGCAAGAGAAGAAGCAUCUGCUGCUGUGAAGAAACUCAAAGAAGCUGAAUCCGAAACACAAGAGUUACGUACAAUGACACGCAGGAUGGUCUUAAGCAAAGAAGAAAUGGAAGAGGUGGUCAUGAAGAGGUGUUGGUUAGCCCGUUAUUGGGGCUUGGCUGUCCAAUAUGGCAUCUAUCCAGAUAUCUCAAUGUCAAAACAUGAAUACUGGUCUUCACUUGCACCUCUUCCGUUUGAGUAUGUAACAUCAGCUGGACAGAGAGCUAAGAAUGGUUCUGAAACAGAAAGUAAUGGUUUGGAAGACGUAGACAAGCUUGUUCAUGAUUUGACUGUUACAGCAGGGGAAGGCAACGUAGAAACCAUGCUUGCUGUUGAUAAAGGACUUCAAGAACUAGCUUUCCUGAAGGUUGAGGAUGCGGUACUUUUUGCCCUUGCCCAACACCAUCGUUCUAAUGUUGCUGGAGCAGCUGAUCCAGAUAUUAAAUCAUCUGGUGAUGAAAAAUUCACUGAAGCAUUUGACUUAAGCAAGGAGGAAGAAGAAGAUGUACAGUUCAAGCAGGCUUGGCUGAUCUAUUUCUGGAGGAGGGCUAAAACCAACAGCGUGGAAGAAGAUAUUGCAGAGGAGCGAUUGCAGAUGUGGAUCGAUCGACACGGCCAGCAACCAACGUCACAUGACGCUGUGGAUGUCGAGCAAGGCAUCCACGAGCUGAGGAAGCUGGGCAUCGAGCAGCUCCUAUGGGAGCUCUCCCGCCAUGAGGCGAACCUCACGAAAGACGAACCGUCGGAUGUCGAGGACCUGACCUAACAGCCUCAGCGGACGACGGCGACCAUCUUCCGAAUUGCAGUUCAGUCACUCAUAUAUUUGUAUAUCAUACAGAAAAGAGAAAACUGGGACAUUGUAAACAUUUUUGUGGUUUUGGUUUUCAGCUUUGUCACAAAAUGGUUCAUUGAUUCUUUCCCCCCAUGUACAUAACUUCCACCCUACUUUUGUGUUAGUAAAAAGCAGCUUGAAGUGUGCAAGUGAAAGUGUUUUUUUUUA